AUGGCACAGCCCUCAACGUUGGAGUACACACGGUUGCCGGAGAGAGCACAGAAGAUCGUGGACAGCUUCAUGCCAGACGAGGAGAAGAUUGAGCGUGAGACAGCCGCUUUUGGACACGUGAAGCCUCGACCAGCAGACAAAGAAGGCGACACGGAAGUGUUAGAUGGGAAACUGUUUACACACCACUUUACCUCCGGACCCGGCGACCAUGAAGUUGUUCAAUGGCAUUAUGUGGAGGCCGGUCCUACCGGAGGGGAAGUGGUGGUCUUCCUCCAUGGUAUUCCCGAUGCGUGGUAUCAAUGGCACCACCAAAUGGCUUCCCUAGCAGACGCGUACCGAUGUAUCGCCGUGGAUUUAAAGGGCUACGGGCAAUCCGAGAAAGGAGCUGGUGACUAUCGCCACGAAGGCGCUGCCGACCAGCUUUUCGCAAUGCUUCAAUUGAUUGGAAUCAAGCAAUUCAACCUCGUGACUCACGACCGGGGCACCGUGCAGGGCGAUUUCAUUGUCGCUAAGAAUCCUGACUAUGUUACUCGCUACCUUCGCGGCGAACAACAUCUCCACCACUUCAACCCUCUAGUGGCUCCCCAGGGAGACCUCUUCAAAGACGCCCCCUGGACAGGCAUCAUGGAGAACCCCACCAAGUUCGUCAUCUGGGUUCACAAUUGGGUCAGUGGCCAGAAGCCUAUCCCGAAGCCAGAGAUGGAACGCGUCAUACAAGAAUUCUCGCAUCCUGGGAUUACCCGUGCCGUUCCACGGUAUUUCAACUCGUCGACGUUCCGACAGGAAUGGCUACAGCGCCGCAACCAUCUCCUUGCGGCCUGGAAAUGCCCCGUCCUAAUCAUGCAAGGCUUCGACAGUAAAAGCCAACCGCGAGAGUUUUACGAAAAUGCCCGCGAAUACAUCCCAAACGCGGAGAAGGUGACUGUUCAAUACAUUCCCGGAGGACACUUUUGGACCUUAGAGUCGCCGAAGGAAACAACAGAUACGAUCAGGAAGUUUCUGGAAGACAAGAUUUGA